UGGAUGUAUUCACGCAGUUGAACGAGGCGUUGAAAUUGCUCAAGCAGAUGGACUGUCCGAAUCCGGUUGUCUAUGCUGAUAUGAUGAAACGAUUUAGUAAAACUCUGAACAAGGUCCUUCUUGCCUAUGCAGACAUGGUUCACAAAGAUUUUCCGAAGUUUUCAUCAAAUGAGAAACUUGCUUGCAUUCUUAUGAAUAAUGUGCAACAGCUAAGAGUGCAACUCGAGAAAAUUUACGAGACAAUGGGUGGUGAAGAAUUGGAUCCGACAUGCAGUCAGGUGCUUAAUAAUCUACAGAAGAAGCUGAACAGCGUAUUAGACAAGCUCUCUGGCCAGUUUGUUACUACACUUGAACCAAUGAUUCAAGAACAAACAAAUAGGCUAGGUUUGCUGCUGUCGAAAAUUAAAGGGCCUCAACUCCAAAAGACGCAAGUAGCAACAGAGGUGGAUACUGUAUUAGAGCCGCUUAUGGAUUUACUAGAAGGUUCACUUCAACGAUACUUCCAGCAGUGUGAGAAGACAGAACUAUGGAGGAUUACGAUAGUAUGUAUGGAGAAGACGGUCGUAUUACCUCCACUAGCGGAUAAAACGCUAUUGAAGCAGCUUCCAAAUGCCAAAAUUCAGGAUGUUACAAAGCUAAUGUCGACUAACAUCCAAAAUAUCAAGGGAAUGAGCUCUGUGAAAGAGAUGAUGGAUAUGGCUCGAGAGUGUGAACGUUCCUUAACUCCGAAGCAAUGCACAGUUUUGGAUGCAGCUUUGGAUGCCAUCAAAGAAUGCUUCCACGCUGGCGGUCAAGGUCUGAAGAAGUCAUUCUUCGAGAAGAGCCCUGAGCUGCAAUCACUGAAAUAUGCGCUCAGUUUGUAUACACAAACUACCGAACAACUCAUUAAGACAUUCAUCACGAGUCAGAAACAACAAGAUUUACCAUCACAAGAACAACCGGUAGGAGAAGUAAGUGUACAGGUGGAUUUGUUCAGCCACCCUGGUACUGGUGAACAAAAGGUCACUGUAAAAAUUUUGGCGGCAAAUGAUCUGCGCUGGCAAACAUCAUCUGUAUUCAAACCGUUCGUCGAAGUACACUUAGUUGGCCCUCAUCUCUCAGAUAAGAAGAGGAAGAUGGCAACGAAAAGCAAACCGGGCAACUGGGCUCCGAAGUUCAACGAAACAUUCCAUUUCUUCCUUGGCAAUGAAGGCGAACCGGAACACUACGAACUAAUGUUCCAAGUGAAAGAUUACUGCUUUGCGCGAGAGGAUCGAAUUGUUGGUGUAGGCGUACUUCAAUUAGUGAACGUUGUUGAGCAAGGAUCAUGUGCUAUGUGGGUGCAACUUGGACAACGUUUACACAUAGAUGAGACUGGACUGAUUUUGCUUAGGAUAUUAAGCCAGAGACAAACCGAUGAGGUUGCACGAGAAUUCGUACGAUUGAAGUCCGAAUGUCGUCACGAGACCGAAAGCACGUUAGUGACAUCGGCUAGCGCUCAGAACAUUACUCGGUGA